AUGAGUUCCAUUGCCCUGCUCCUUAGCUUCGCUAAGCGGUCUCUCGCCCAAUCUAGCUCUACAGCUCUAGAAGGCUGGCAGCUUGAUGACAAUACACGCUCGAGUUGGGACAUUCUGUGGACGAAUCUUUCCACAAUACUCGCCUGCACAUGGACAGCUCUUCACCUUUCAGUUCCAAGACGUAAUGAGAGUGAAGGUGAUCAGCUCGCCAACAAAGCUUUGGCGUGGAUCGUCGCAAUCCUUGCUCCUGAGUUAAUGACUGCGUCAGCAGCUGAAGAAUUUUCGCGCGCCAGAUCUAUAGCCGCACGAUGCAAUGCUGCUUUUGACGCUAUAGAUAAUGAAAAGACCGAGUCAAGCGAAAGCGCCAAGUCAAAUGAUGAAGCCAAACUAAAUGAAAGGACUGAGGCAGGAGAUAACGUUGGAUCAGAAAAGAACAAAGAGCUCGAAGAGAAAGUUGAAUCCGAAGCCAAACCUGAGCUGGGAAAGCCGUUUCCACCUGACUCUUUAUCAGCAAAAUUUACCAAGGAAGAUUGGAAAGCUAUCCAUGGGUUUUGUCUAAACAUGAACGGUGUUCUUUUACAGACCAAGGAUGACUGGACCUACCCCGUUCAUCCCGGGAAUGUGGUUCCACUUAUAAAAGCACGUGUUAUCAAGCAGUCCCAUUUGAAAGUACGCGAGAUCAAAGAUAGAGCCAAGGCAGACUCCUUUGCGAAAGCCUUCACCUUGCUCCAAAGCUUUUGGGUGGCAUGCAACAUCAUUGCAAGAAGAGCAUAUGAUCUACCUAUAUCACCACUCGAGAUAUCGACUGUGGCCUAUAUUGCCUGUGCUGUGGUUGCGUACUCAAUGUUGUGGCACAAACCAAAAGAUAUGGCGACGCCAAUCACUAUACAUCUACAGCAUGACCGUUAUUGCGAUUAUAUGCAGUGUCAACUCAAAGACAUCUUCAACGGCAACGACGAAAACUGGAUCCGAAGAGAUGAUAUGGCUGAGGACACCGGUUCUGCUGUGUGGGAGGCGAUUGUCUGGCUGUUCAGGAUUCUUACGUGGUUUGUGACACCCCAGGGAUGGAGGUUCAUCAGGAGACUAGUGAAUGGUUGGCGACUGGCGGCCAAGGAGCAACGUUCGGCCGGAAAUCACCAGCAUGAUCCUAAUGAUGAGGAGAAUACCGAGCAAGUCCAGCCAUCGAAAGAAGUGCAACAAACAACUAACAAGACCGAUGACUAUGACGAAUACUUCACAAUUAUGGGCAGCUUCAAACUCGGUUGUUUUGACCUCUUCAUCACGCUACUUUUUACUGGCAUUCAUGUUGCAGCGUACGUCAUGCCACUAAGUCACAACUUACUGCUCGGCGAAUUUAACAGUUGA